AUUCUCUUACGCUCUCCCGAGCAAGGCGGAUGGCGGGUUGAUGUGACCAACACUCAAUCGAGCUCCCCAGACCCAAUAACUUAUGGCCAGGCAAAGGCCCUCCUCCAACCGUCAGGACCCUCUCGAGGAUUAUCCCAAUUCCCCAGGCACUUCCACGGCCUCUUCUUCCCUGAGAAUCACUCGCUCAGCCGCGAGACUCGCGACAGACCCUCCUCCCCCUGCUGAGUCCGGUACCCAACCCGCCGCUGGCUCGGCUUCAUCCCGCAAACGCAAGGCUUCCUCUCGCCACGACCGACAGACCGACAGUCCGGCCCAGCCAUCGCCUCCGUCACCUCAACGGAAGCCCAAGCGACCACGUACGGCUGCCCCACCGACAGCGCCGUCUGCUAGCUCUGUUGCUGCUCCCCGCCGCACUCGCCGUGCAACUAUGUCACAACCAGGCCCGUCGUCCCGACCAGAGGAAUCCAAGUCGGCUACUUCCCCACAACCCGCCCGGAGAAAGACAAGUCGGAACGGUGAGUUUGUUGAUCACAAUCAGUCCUUUCGAUAUACAUACCUGGUAGAUGCUGAUGUCACUCUCAUCCUAGAUCGACCUUCAACGACACAGUCUCCCCCGCCCCGGCGUCAGAAGAAGCGUACGACGAAGGCAAACCCUGAUGUCAUAAUGCGAGAUGCGGAGGAGGAUCUUGAGGAGGAAGACCCUGAAGAAGAACAACAUGAAGAUACCCCAACAGAAGAGAGCCAUGAUGGCACCAACCCGUCCGCCUUUGACGAUGACGAGAUGGACCCCUUCACCAGCAGUUUAUUCGGUGGGCGAGGUCCGAUGGGUCUUCAAAGCACCCUCCGUGCCCUUACUGGCAUGAUGUCCGGCAUGUCUUCCCGACUUCGCGAUAUUCUCGUCAACCUACGGGCAAAAGAUGACCCAUCUAUCCAACUUAUCGCCCUUCAGGAGCUUUCGGAUCUCUUGCUUGUAUCAAAUGAGGACAACCUUACCGGCCAAUUCUCCCCCGACCCGUACGUAAAGGAGCUUGUGACCUUGAUGCAACCCAAUCAAUUCGGCGAGGAGAACCCCGAGAUCAUGCUUCUUGCAUGUCGCUCCCUUGCUAACCUCAUGGAAGCCUUACGAGGCUCCGUGGCCAACGUUGUUUAUGGCGGCGCUGUGCCGAUUCUGUGCCAAAAGCUUCUUGAUAUCCAAUUUAUUGAUUUGGCUGAACAGGCUUUGAGCACCCUGGCCAAGAUCUCUGUCGAUUUCCCUGCCUCAAUUGUGCGGGAAGGUGGACUGACUGCUUGCUUGACCUACCUCGACUUCUUCCCUACCAGCACUCAGCGAACAGCAGUCACAACAGCCGCAAAUUGCUGCCGCAAUCUCCCUCACGACUCCUUCCCCGUUGUCCGCGAUGUCAUGCCCACCUUACUCAGUGUUCUGUCCAGCAACGAUCCCAAAGUUGUUGAGCAAGGCUGUCUUUGUGUGUCACGGAUCGUAGAAAGCUUCAAACACCGCCCUGAGAACCUGGAGGAACUGAUUGAACCUGCCAUGCUCAAAGCAGUUCUUCGGCUGCUGCUACCAGGAACUACUAACCUUAUCGGUCCUCACAUCCACACACAGUUUCUUCGUGUUCUAGCCAUCACCUCAAAGACCAGCCCUCGACUAUCAAAUGAGCUUUUCAAGAUGGAUGUGGUUGAUACUCUUUAUCAGAUCUUGACGGGCGACGUGGACAACACCGCUGUCAAAAUGGACAGUGUGCUCGUUAUGCAAGCAUUGAUCCACCGACCCCGUGAGCAAGUCUUCGAGACUCUCAAUGUUAUCUGCGAACUGCUACCCGGUGUUCCCAGUCGCGAGGCAUCACGGACGGACGCUCUGCUCAGCUCCUACUUUGAUACUAGCAUGUCUAUCAACUUGAAAUCUUCCAAGACAAAAGAUGCAGUGGAGGAGAGACGGUCUUUGCUCGACAACUGCAAGACUCAGCUCAAGCGAUUUGCCAUGAUCCUUUUCCCCACCUUGACCGAUGCCUACUCUAGUACAGUCAAUUUGCAUGUCCGACAGAAGGUUCUCAUUGCGCAGCUUAAGAUGUUGCACAUUUUGGAGCCUUCUUUGAUUGAAGAUGCUCUCCGAACCGUUCCAUAUGCCUCCUUCCUAGCGUCUAUUCUUUCUCAGAAAGAUCAUCCAUCCCUUGUGUCCCUGGCUCUACGUUGCUCUGAGUUGUUGUUCCAACGCCUUGAGAAUGUUUACCAACAUCAGUUCCACCGUGAGGGAGUCAUCUCAGAGAUCGUCAAAUUGUCAGAGGGCACUCUCUCUGGCAACGAACCUCCUGCCAUGUCCGAUCCCGCCGAUGCCGUGAACAACGCAAACCCCUCGCAUCCCAACCGGGCAGAGAACCAAAGCCACCAAAAUGAAGACGAGGAUCAAGAUGAGGAUGAAGCCAACGAUUAUGAUGACGAUGAGGGCGAUGGUGAAGAUGAAGACGGCGAAGAGAUGUCGGACUCUGAUGAAGACUUGGCCCCCGGCCCUCGGAGUAUCGAGAAAAUGGACAGCACGAUCAACGAUCUCAUCAUUCGAGAUGCGCAACAGUUCCUGGAAAGCUACGAAGAAAGCCAUGGCGGAGCAGUCCGAGAAGAGUCCCUUAGGAUUUUGAAGGAACUUCAAUCUCUGGCCACUGAAGUACGCACAUGCUAUUCCAACAACGGCGAUGGCAAUGCCUUGUUCAAGAAGCUGGCAUCAUACUUUGACGGGGACGCGUUGGAGAGCAUCACCAGCUCCGAACUGCUGAACUCCGGCAUCGUAGAUGUCCUCCUGGAGGUUCUCGGCAAUCACCAGGCCACAUCCAUCCGUAACGCUCGAGCGGCCUUUUUGCAAUCCUUCAUGGGAGUUGCGAUUUCGGAGAAGGCUCAGAAACAAACUACCGCAACCACCCCCUUCAGCGUUUUGAUUCGAAAGUUACAAGACUUGCUUAGUAGGACUGAGCAUUUCGAAGUUUUAACUGUCAAUCAUAACUCCCUAGAAAACACGCGCAGCAAUGCCAACUACAUGUUGAGCAAGCAGCUGCGACUCAAGUUGGUUGCCGAUGAUGCCUCUGAGAUCCCCCGUCCUUACCGGAACCUUAUGGUGUCUAUUCAUGCCAUCGCAACCUUCAAAGCACUGGAUGACUUCCUUCACCCUCGAAUCAGCGUGUCGGAGCGCCCUCGGCCGUCGCGCCCUAGGGAUUCUAUCCUGUCUCAAAUUGCCAACGCGGCGCGAAUGCGUGAUCAGCUCCCUGGCUCUAUCCCCUCCCGAGGCCCACCAGGAACCAUCCUCCCCAGUCGCACAGGAGGUCCCCGUGCCGACCCUGCCGAAGGAGGCGAUGCUCCUGCAGAUGAACGUCGCCGAUCCCGUCGCACGGCUCUUCAAGAAAAUGAUGAGGAACAUGACGACGAGCCCCUGGAAUGUGCGGACGAGAGACAAUUGACCGACGAGGAGGAUGAAGAAGAUGAAGAUGAAGACGAGGAACUCAAUGCCAUUGUUGAUGACCUCGAUGAGGAUCUUGAGGACGACGGUGUUUCCGACCCCUCCGCAGUCAACAUGGAAGUGGCGUCUUCAGGCAAGGUCACCGCUCGCAAGGAGGACGGUACUCGCGUCGGCACACCCUCCCAUGGUGCAGCCGCCAGAUCUUCAGCUUCAGCCCCGAGCGUCGGUUCUUCCAACCCCAUGGGCAACGCAUCCCUGGCUACUGCUGGUCGUCCAUUCUCGUCCUAUGCUGCUGCUAUGGCUUCCGUUCCCCAGGAUUGGCACAUUGAGUUCCUUGUAGAUGGCCAGCCCAUUUCAAGCGAGACAACUGUCUAUCGUGCUGUCCACCACAACCGUGAGCAUUUGGAUGAGAACAGCGCCAAGAAUGUCUGGUCUGCUGUCCACACAGUUACAUUCAGACGCGUUCCUGGUCCUCCACCUCCAGAACCGUCCACUCUUACACAGGUCAACCAAGACCCAUCCACUGGCGACAGUCUGGAUAUGCCAGAGUCUCUCGACAAGGACAAGACCACGGCAUCUAUCCUCCGCCUGCUUCGUGUCUUGCACGAGAUGAAUGCGACCAUUGAUGAUAUUCUGACAGAGAACAAGGACUCCGUCGCCAUUACCCCAGAGCCCCUGGCCCAAUUUAUCAACACGAAGCUCACAGCAAAGAUCAACCGACAGCUGGAGGAGCCUUUGAUUGUGGCAAGCAGCUGCCUUCCAAGCUGGAGCGAAGACCUCGCCCGGCUUUUCUCAUUCUUGUUCCCAUUCGAGACUAGGCAUUUGUUCUUGCAAUCAACCGCCUUUGGCUACUCGCGAGCAAUGAUGAGAUGGCAAAACUCCCAAAGCGAGGAUAGCCGUCGCGACCUGCGCCGUGACGAUCGUCCAUUCCUCGGUCGACUGCAACGCCAAAAGGUCCGCAUUUCCCGUGCCCGCAUCCUUGAUUCUGCUAUGAAGGUCAUGGAGUUGUAUGGCUCCUCUCCUAGUAUCCUCGAAGUGGAAUACUUCGAGGAAGUUGGUACUGGUCUCGGUCCCACUCUUGAGUUCUACUCUACCGUUUCCAAGGAGUUCUCCAAAAAGAAGCUGAAGAUUUGGAGAGAGACCGAAGGUACCUCUUCUGGAGCGGAAUACGCAUUUGGCAAGCGUGGCUUGUUCCCGGCUCCUAUGAGUGAUCAGCAGGCAGCCCAAGACUCCGGCAAGAAGCAGCUGAACAUUUUCAAGGUUCUUGGAAAGUUCGUUGCCCGCUCUAUGCUCGACUCGCGAAUCAUAGACAUCUCCUUCAACCCAGCAUUCUUCCGCAUUGCCGACACCUUGUCUUCUGUUGCCCCAUCCCUGGGCACUGUGAAGUUGGUUGACCAGGACCUUGCUAAGUCUUUGAUCAUGCUCCAGCAAUUUGUCAAUGCCAAGGAUGCAAUUGAGGGAGAUGACAGCCUCAGCCCCGGCCACAAGACAGAGGCUGUACAAGAGAUCACAGUGCAUGGUGUCAAGGUUGACGACCUGAGCUUGGACUUUACCCUUCCUGGAUACCCUGCCAUUGAGCUCAUUCCCGGUGGCUCCGAUGUGCCUCUGACCAUUGAAAAUGUCGCCAUCUACAUUGAGCGUGUGAUCGACAUGACCCUGGGAAGUGGUGUCCGUCGUCAAGUCGAUGCCUUCCGCGCCGGCUUCUCUCAGGUAUUCCCCUUCUCUUCCCUUCGAGCCUUCACACCCAACGAGCUUGUCAUGCUCUUCGGGCAGGCCAAGGAAGACUGGACUAUCGAAACUUUGAUGGACACCAUCAAGGCCGACCAUGGCUUCAACAUGGACAGCCGCAGUGUACGCAACUUACUUCAGACAAUGAGCGAGCUGGACAACCAGCAACGCCGAGACUUCCUCCAAUUUGUCACAGGCAGUCCUAAACUGCCUAUCGGUGGUUUCAAGAGUCUCACUCCUAUCUUCACUGUUGUGUGUCGUCCAAGCGAACACCCCUACACCCCAGAUGACUACCUCCCCAGCGUGAUGACCUGUGUCAACUACCUCAAACUCCCCGACUACAGCGACCUGGACGUCCUCAAGAAGCGCCUGUCAGUCGCUAUCAAGGAAGGACAGGGCGCCUUCCACCUCUCCUAA